UAUUACUCACUUUUAUUUAUCAUGCUUGAAGCUCUUGUGGCUUCCAUUCUUAAUCGCGUACUUGGAAAUUAUGUAUCGAAUUUGAAUUAUGAUCAAUUAAAAAUUGCUAUAUGGAAUGGUGAAGUGAAUCUUCAUAACUUGAAACUUAGAAAAGAUGCCUUGGAUAAACUUAAAUUACCUAUCAAUGUAGUGGAAGGUUGUUUGGGUGAACUGACACUUAGUAUUCCUUGGUCUAAUCUCAAAACGAAACCUGUCAAGGUUCAUAUUCGAAAUGUUUAUUUACUGGCAGCACCAAAAACAGAAACAACUGUCAAUGUAAAAGAAGAAGAAGUUAGAGCACAACAAUUGAAACGACAAAAGUUAGAAACAGCUGAACUAUUAGAUACUUCUCGCAACAGCAAAACCAAAGAUGAUAACACUAGUAGUAGUGAUGGUGGUUUUAUUGGUCAACUUACAACAAAAGUGAUUGAUAACUUACAGUUCUCCUUGGAAAAUAUUCAUCUUCGAUAUGAAGAUAAUAUAUCAUGUCCUGAUCAACCUUUUGCUGCUGGUAUUACUCUUAAGGAACUUAGUGCUAUUUCUACUGAUGGAAAUUGGGAACCGGCCUUUAUUGGUGAACUUUCAAAUACUAUUCACAAGCUUGCUAAACUCGAAUCUCUCUCUGUUUACUGGAAUACUGGAGCUACUUCCUUAGUAGGAUUAUCACCUCAAGAAGCAUCCAAAAUAUACACUAAUCUGAUACCCACUGCAGACAAUGCCACCGAGAAUCAUCAAUACAUUGUCAAACCUGUUUCUGGUACUGGGAAGAUCAAAUUGAACAAGAAAUAUGGAAAUGAAAAUGCAAAAAUUGAUACCACUUUGAUAUUUGAUGAACUUGCCUUUGCUUUGGAUGAUGAACAAUACCGUGAUGCUCUUCUUUUAGUGGAUCAGUUCCAUUCCAAUCUCAAGAAACAAGAAUAUCUCAAAUUUCAUCCUCCUGUUGGUGUCACUCCAAAAUCAGAUCCCAGGGCCUAUUUCCGAUUUGCUGGUCAAGCUGUUUUAUCCAAAAUACAUGAACGUAAUUACAAAUGGACAUGGGAUCAUUUCCGAAAAAGACGUGAUCAACGACUGGCUUAUAUUGAAUGUUAUUCGGCGCAGAAACGAAACAAUGCUACUUCUCAACAAAAGGAACAGUUCACUGAACUUGAAGACGCCUUGUCAUUUGAAGAUAUUAGGUUUUACAGAAGUAUUGCCAAAAGUCGUCUACGAAAGGAAAAAGUCCGCAUUGAGGAAGCCAAGCAAAAGAAUGCAAACAAAGGAUGGUUCAGUUCCUGGUGGGGUGGUGACAAUGAUUCUUCUGCCACUGAUGCAAAGGAUAAUGACGGUGACUCCAUGGUGUUAACUGAACAACAAAAGAAAGAAUUAUAUGAUGCUAUUGAUUAUGAUGAAGACAAAGCUGCUAUUGAAUCUUCUAUGGUGAUGCCAAAAGAUACAAUGAAAUUCGUUUUAUCUACCAAACUCAAUCGUGGUUCAUUCAGACUUGUACAACAUCCCCAUACAAAACGACAUCAAUUGACCAGCGUUGUAUUUGAAACUGUCGGCAUUGAAGUGGUACAAUAUACUGAAUCUUUAAAGGUAUCCGCUAGUUUAGGUGAUUUACAAUUAUAUGACGGAUCAACUGAGAACACACUCUAUCCGCAACUCAUUGGCGUUAAGAAAGGAUCUGGUAAAGGAACGCUUUCACUUUUGGACUCGAAUCAUUAUUGUGAUAUUCAACAUCAACGUGAUACUGAUCGAUAUUUGGAACAAGGUAUUGAACAACAACCUUUCUUAGCUAUUGUGUAUCAACGAAAACCUUUGGAUAAAAAAGCGGAUCAGGCUAUCAAGGUGGUCAUGCGUCAUUUGGAAAUCAUUUAUAAUCCUACAACAAUUCAAGGCACCAUCUCAUUCUUUACAGCUCCAAGUGCUCAUAGUGAAAGUUUUGAUGCUUUAAUCGAAGUAGCUGGUGAUACUUUGGAAGGAUUCAAACAACAAACCCGCGCUGGCUUGGAGUAUGCUUUGGAAAACCAUUCAACACUAAAUCUCGAUGUGAAUAUGGAUGCACCUAUUAUCAUCAUUCCUGAAAGUUGUUUACAAGAAGACUCACCAGUGAUGAUUAUUGAUGCAGGUCAUAUUUGUAUUGACAGCGACCUUGCCAACCAGGAACUAGCUGAACAAUUCAAGACGAAUACUGUAAAGGAUUUUGGUCCAGACGAUUACAAACGAUUGGAAAACUUGAUGUAUGACAAAUUCAAUGUACAUUUCACCCAAAUUAAACUUUUGAUUGGCCGUCAUGUGAAGAAAUGUCUUGCUCAAUUGGAAAUAGAAAAUCAUAAUACCUCUGAUGGCGCUAGUGAUGCUCAUGUUCUCCAUCGUAUUGAUAUGGAUUUAUUGGUGGAACGAUGUAUCCUCCCUGGAUCGGCUCAAUUUACUAAACUCAAAGUCACUGGUCAACUUCCUUUGGUAUCCAUCAACUUUUCUACUCAAAAAUACAAGACUCUAAUGAAGAUGAUUGAUCUGGUUCUUCCUUCCUCUGCUGAUGAUGAUGCAUCUACGAUGGAACAACAGCAACAACAACAACUACAGAAGCAUCAACAGUCCCCAGCACUAUCACAAAGAAACUUAUUUGCACAACAGUUAUGGCAAGAUGAUCAACAACAUGAAUUGAUACUUUCUGACGAUGAUGAAAGUAUCCACAGCAGCGUUCAUAGUAGCAGUAACCUAUCCAAGACAUCUUCAAUCGCAUCUGGAAUCUCGAAAAUGGAAAUUGCUCGUGCACAACAAAACCAAUUUAAAUUCGAUUUCAAAGUGGGUCAAGUAUCAGCACUCAUAUAUGAAUCAGCAACUGAUCCAACCUCAAAGGACAGUUUACUUUGCGAAUUGAUCUUGGAAAACUUUGGAUUGGAAUUUAUCAAUCGACCUUAUGAUAUGUAUGUACAUGUUUGGUUAAAGGCUUUAACGGUUUUGGACAAGAUGGAACAUGGCAAGGAAUAUCGUUACCUGGUGACUUCUGAAGAUGCAAAAGGGACCUCUGGACCUAAAAAGGAUCUCGUCGAUGUCAAGUAUCAACGUGCAAAUCCAAAACAUCCGUUAUUUGAAGAUUCUUUUGAUGGAUAUGAACAAACAGUAGAUGUGCUUUUAUCCACUCUGACAUUUGUCGUGACACGAGACUCGGUGCUAACUCUUUAUAAUUGGAUCAUGGUGACUUUCACAGGUGGUGACACUACGGGCCAAGCAAGCGACAGUGAUACUACUGAUCAACACCGUGCUGGUAUGGAAGCAAUAGUGGAUGAUAUUUCAAGCCUUCAAUCAAAUCGAUUAUCUCUACUUGCCAAAGGAAAACAAUCCACAACUUCUUCUUAUCAACAACAGCAACAACAAAAGUUAGAUACUCAGGAUGCAGAUACUGGAUCGAUCAAAGUUAAUGUUCAAAUGGUAGGCGUUCAACUUAUCUUGAAUCAAGAUGGGAUCCGUCUAGGUACUGGUAUUCUUUCGUCUGGUGAUGUGACAGUUUUGUUACUUCCUUCAAGGCUUAUGGUGAUGGGUAAAUUUGGCAACUUUACACUUACUGACGAUACAGGUUCAGCAAUACAAACGCACGAUGAUGACCAUAUCAAGGACGAUACUUAUUAUCUCAAGAAAAUCUCGGAUGGUAUUUCUGAUAUCAAGAUCUUGAGUAUUGAGGAUGAUCAACUGUUGGACUUUACCUAUGGAACAAUGGAUCCUCGUGACGAUUCUUUCCCUGGUUAUCAUCAACAUCUUUAUAUGCGCAUGGGUGCUUUCCGUCUACUCUACGUUGAUGCUUUGAAACCAAUCUUGGAUUUCCUAUCUGAAUUCUUGGCUAUGAAGACUGUCUAUGAUUCUGCUCGAAUGGCUGCUAGUACGAUGACUACUACGAAUACAACAACAACAAGAACUCCUAUUGAUACCACUACUAAUCUGUCACAAGUUCAAGUGUCAGGUCAACAACAGCAACAAGAAGAUGAAGAAUCUCUAUUUUGUUUCGAUAUUGUGAUGCAAAGUCCUAUUGUGAUCUUUCCGGUGGGUGAUGUUUCUGAGAACAAUGUGGUGAUAGCACAUCUUGGUGAAAUCCGUGCCAAGAAUGAAUUUCUUACUUCUGCUCGUCCCAAUCUAUUAUCUGGAGAAACAGCUCAUAUUAAGAUCAAUCAAAUCCAAUGUGGCCUUUAUUCCAUUUCUCUUCGUUCAUCCAUUUAUGGUGAUACAAGUGGUCAUGGUUUACCUAUGCUUGAUAAUGUCGACAUUUCAGUGUGUAUUUCAAGUGCUUUGCAACGACAAGAUGCAGGAAAAGGUAUGAUGAUGGGUCCUCAAACAAGCAUUCGUGGUCGUAUCUCCAAUGUGUUAAUGUACUUGACGGAAAACCAAUAUCGCUGGCUAUUGGAAAUCGAAAAUAGGUUGAUGACAACAUUUAUGGGUUCUUCACAGGAAUCUGGAUCCGAGGAUGAAGAUGAAACUACAGCAACAACAACAAAUUCAGCAAAAGCGUCACAAACAACUAACCGUGAAGAAGUGAAGAAUAGGCACCAAGAGUCAACAAGUCGUGAUAUUCAACUUGAUUUGUGUUUCAACAUGGAAUUACUCUGCUUGGAAAUCUUCAAUGGAUCUGAAAGGGAUGCAAGUACUCGUGAACAAUAUGCAUUAUGCCGACUAUCUUUCGAUGAUACAGCAAUGAAAUUACAAAUGAUGACUGAUGGACCUAUGCUGAUGGAAGUACAAGUACGAUCAGUGAACUUUUAUGAUAUUCGAAAGGAUUCGACCUCAUCCUUCAAAGAUAUCUUACCGGCGGGUAAACAACUGGGUGGACCUCAAUUACAACUACAGUACAAGAGUGGUACAACAACAAAGGAAGGACAAACAAUAACUGAUAUGUGCGUCAUCGUAGACCGACCACAAUUGGUACUUUCUUUGGAUUAUUUGAUGUUAUUGAAGGACUUUUUCGUAUCUCCAUUUAUGGCCAAACCGCCUCCUACUGAAGCUCAAGCAUUUGUGGAAUCUCAACGCGAUAAAGAUCUUAUUGCUGCUCAACAACAACAACAACGACAACAACAACAACAACGACCUUUAUCCAGCCAUUCAGGUAGUCAUAUGUCUACCGCAAAUAGCCAUGCAACUUCAGCUAGAAAAUCGACAACAACAGCAACCACGAUGUCUACAUUCCGAUACAAGGUGAAAGUGGUUGAUUUGGAGAUUAUCUGCUUAGCGAAACCUGAUGUGAUUUCUUCUGAAGCAAUGGUGAUCUCUUUCCAAGAAUUAUCAGUGAUUCAGCAAGAAAGCUUUGAACUUCGAUUGAAUGGGAUUGGAGUCAUGCUUUGUAGAAUGGACAAGCGAGAUGAAUCGCUGAUGCAUUUGGUGGAACCAUUCAAUGUGGCAGUGGACAUGCAGCAACAAGCAUUGACAGAAAUAUCUGGACUUAGCAAUACAAGCAUUCAUGCGACUAUUCAGCCCAUUACACUUCGAUUGUCUUAUCAUGAUUUUAUUUUAUUGAUGGAUAUUAUUAACAAGGUAACGACUUUACUAUCUACAACUGCACCAACAACCACUUUGGAUCAAGAAGGCGGAUCAAUAACGGGUUCUAGUAUGGAUGAUGAUGAACUAUCCCUAGAUCAAGAAGCUGAAGGUGACAGAUACCCAGGAUAUACUUUGACAAGACAUGAAUAUGAGGCUACUCAGAAUAUCCAGGAUCAACAACAAGGAACUGAUCAGCAACAGGCAAAUCGAUUGAUUGAACCUUAUAUUGUCAUGUCCCGAGAAUCAUUAGAGGCUUGUUUUGAAGGAUUUCAGCUGGUGAUCGUAGAAGAUUUACAUGAUUUACCAUUUAUGGAUUUGAUUGUCAAGCCUUUUACUGUGAAUGUAUCCGAAUGGUCUAGAGCUCUUGUGGCAAACGUCAAAAUUUGUACUCGUUGCAAUAACUUUAAUUUCAAGAAUUCACACUGGGAACCAUUGAUUGAACCGUAUACCUUCGAUAUAAAUGUAACCCAAGAACCUACAACGAAAAGUCUAGAUAUUUCUGUGGAAUCAAAAGAAACGUUGGAUUUGAAUGUGACUCAUGCCUUUUUGGAAACCUUGAUGUCAAUAUCUUCUACCUUGUCUGAUAUUCAGCCCCUUCCUGAAAAUGCACAAAAGCAAGUGAAACCAUUUAUCAUCAAGAACCGGACUGGAUAUGAUAUGCGAUUUUGGAACAUGUCUGAUGAUGCAGAAGAUGGCGAUACCAAUAUAUGUUUGAUGAAAGACGGACAAGAUCAAGAUUGGACGUUUAGAGAUUGGAAAAAACGAAAGGAAUCUGUCAAGGUGAACAACAAUUUAUUGGGAAUAGAAAUUCUACAUAUGGGAUGGGAAAGUAUUUUACAUAUUCCUUUGGAUAUUGAAGGACAACAAUCGUAUCUUUUAAAAGGUGGUAAAGAUGGUAUUCCUCAUCGAGUAGUAGUGGAAAUUAUGCUCAAGAAUCAUGUCAAACAUGUGAUUUUCCAUGGUGGACUAACAUUGGACAAUCAAUCUGAAAAUUCUAUGCAAAUGACCAUGGUAGAUCUAUCAAGAAGAAUUGUAUCACCUAUUUGGACAGUUGAAUCAAAACAAGUCUUGUAUGUUCCUAUUGGAUUAUCGUAUCGUCCUUGGUUUGUCGUUCGACCUUCAGAUCAAUAUCAUUGGAGUGACAAUUUGAUACAUUGGUCAGACAUGAUCCAUCCCAAGGCACCUAGCAUUGCAUCUUGUAAACUUCAUAUUACGGAUUCACCAAAAUAUGUUUAUCAUCUCAGAGCUAUCUUUGACAACAAAAAUUCACUUUGUCGACAAUAUCCUAUCAUGAAGAUUCAGUUCGGAGCGCCCAUCAAGAUCGUCAAUCACCUUCCCUUUGACUUUAAAUGGACAAUGAUGGAUCAAGAUACAAACCAAUAUAUCUCCACAGUCAUUCAACAUGGUGAAUCUGAACAAAUUCAUACAUUCAGUUGUGAUGGCAAUCUAGCUUUUGUCCUGGAUAUUCAAAAGGAAGAUUAUGAACCUACGGAAUUGACGACCAUUCAAGUCAAUGAUAAUGGACCGGAAGAAGGCGUACCAUUAGUUGUGAAAGACAAGUCUGGGAAUACGAUUUAUUUACGAAUGAUCUUGGCACGAUCUGAAGAUGCGAAGAAUGCUCUCCGAAUCAAAAUCUAUGCGCCUUAUCUUCUUCUCAAUAAAUCAGCUCAUCGUUUGGCUGUCCGUAGUCGAGACUCAACUUAUGGCUAUAAAUCUACAACUGCUACCCAUGUCAUUCCAGCAUUUGAAGAUCAGGUGAUUCCAUAUAUGUAUUCUUAUCCAAUUAUGGACCGCAAGAAUCGAUCUGAAAUUUCUAUUGACGGAUCCAAAUGGAGUCAGGCUCUAUCUUUUGAAGCUGUUGGUAGUUCUGUAGAUGUACGACUCUCCUGCCGAAAUGGAUCUGAAAUUCAUGCUGGUAUUCAUGUGGAAGAAGGCGAAGGAAUAUACCACUUGACAAAAUUCAUUACUAUUGCCCCUCGUUUUGUUAUCAAGAAUAAGACUCAUUACAAUCUUAAAAUUGGCGAAUAUGAAAGUAAUGAAGCAUCUACUAUUGGUUCUCAAAAAUCUAUUCCUUUUUAUAUGACAAGAAAAUCCAGAUCCUUCAAAUGGUUAUGUCUUCAGUUGGAUGAAUUAGAAAAUACAUGGUCCACUCCUUUUGAUAUUCAAGAAAUAGGUGAUACAUUUAUCAAGGUACCAAAGGGAAAUGAUACAAGACCUAUAUUGAUUCAAGCCUCUAUUCGUAUGGUUAAUGCUACUAUCUUCAUCAUAUUAAAACAAACCAAUGAUUGGCCUUAUAUGAUCAUCAAUCGUUCAAGCACUGAUAUCACUUUUUAUCAAGAGCCUUCUGAAAAUGAUGAAGUAAAAAUCAAGAAACUUCCAGCUAAAAAGUAUCAUUUGACACCAGAACAAAAAUAUAUGAAAUACUCUUGGGAUAUGCCUGCCUCAAAAGAACGACGAUUAAUAUUGGAUAUUGGUGGAAAAACUCGUGUGAUUGAUUUCCAAGCCAUUGGAUCUCAAAUUCCUUUUAGAUAUAAGAAACACUAUCGAGGACCUGGUAAUGGUAUAGUAUCUAUUGAUAUAGCGGCACGUGAUUCGGCAUUGGUACUCUUAUUGACAGAUUUCCAGGAAGAAAACAGUUUGUUCCGACCUACUAGCUCUUCAGCUGAAUCCACUUUGGCUCCUUCAAGAAGUUCAAGAGAAAGCAGUAGUAUUCGUGAUCAUUUUGAAACUGUGGAUAUACAACUGUUUAUCAACUACACCUUUAGACUUCAAUUACAUGGUAUUGGUAUAUCCGUAAUUAACGGUCGUUCUCAGGAACUUGUUUAUGCUACUAUUAAAGAUCUUGAUUUCAAAUAUACCGACUCUAAUCUAUAUCAAUCUAUUCGUGCCGGCAUUCAAUGGUUACAAAUAGAUAAUCAAUUAUUUGGUUCAACAUAUCCUAUUCUCUUUUAUCCUUCAACUUUACCCAAGAAAGCCCCCUCUGGUGCUGAUGUUCAUCCUGCUCUUCAUCUUGCCCUAGAUAAGGUCAAAGAUAACACUCAUGGUGUAUCUUAUUUCAAGCUAUUUUCUGUUUUAAUGCAAGAAAUGACGGUAGAAAUAGAUGAAGAUUUACUAUAUGCCUUGAUGGAAUUUGCUCAAUUCAAUCAUCUACAAGAACAGCCCACAAAAAUUGAUCCUCAUCUAUUUAUAGUCAAGAUGGAAUUCCCUGAAGAAGAAGGCAAUCAAGAUCUACUCUAUUUUGAAGAAUUCUGUAUCCAGCCUAUGAGAUUAAAUCUUUCUUUUGUUCGUACAACCCGGGUCAGCACGGCAGAUGCAAGUGAAAAUACUCACUCGGCGGUUAGUUAUAUCUUUGACGUCCUGACUAUGACUAUUGGAAAUGUUAAUGAUGCUCCUGUCAAACUGAAUGCUCUUAUUGUGGAAAAUUUACGUGCAAGCAAUCAAGAUUUAUCAUCUAGAAUCAUGAUACAUUAUCGUGAUCAAGUAGUUUAUCAAAUUCAUAAAGUAGUAGGUAGUGCUGAUCUUAUUGGAAAUCCUGUUGGUCUGUUCAACACUCUUAGCUCUGGAUUUGGUGAACUAUUCUAUGAACCUUAUCAAGGCUUUAUUACAAGUGAUAGACCACAAGAUCUUGGUCUUGGCAUUGCUCGGGGCGUUGGUGGAUUAUUGAAGAAGAGUGUGUUUGGUCUGACUGAUAGUUUGAGUCGGGUAACAGGAAGUCUAGGUAAAGGAUUGGCAGUAGCAACCAUGGAUCGAAAAUUCCAAGAACGAAGACGUAUAAAGUUGACUCGUAACAAACCUCAACAUGCUAUCUUUGGUGUUACUCAGGGUGUCACUUAUUUUGGGACAAGUGUGGCUAGUGGUUUUGCUGGUUUAAUCAAACGACCUAUCGAAGGUGCUGAGGAAUCUGGUGUUAGUGGUUUCUUUGGUGGUGUUGGCAAAGGAUUGGUUGGAAUGGUGACAAAGCCUGUGGUUGGACUCUUUGAUUUGGCAUCUAAUGUUACGGCUGGUAUUCGAGAAACAACUAAUAUGUUUGAAGCUGGUGCUCUUGUUCGUGAAAGAUUACCUCGAUAUAUUGGAAAAGAUGGCACACUCAGUACAUAUUCACAAAGAGAGGCUUUAGGACAGAUGUGGCUCAAGGAAAUGAAUGAUGGUUACUACAAUCAAGAAAAAUAUAUUGCUCAUGUUUUAGGCAAGAAUGACGAACAAGUGGCCAUUUUGACCUGGCGUUAUAUCUUCCUAGUUCAUACUCGCAAGUUACAAGUACAAUGGUAUGAAAAAUUAGAACUUGUGGAAUCUUGCCAAUGGGUAAGCAAUGGAUUGGAAAAUAUCGAAGACAAUGGUAGUCAAGUGAUAGACGCGGAUGAUGUUGAUCAAGACAAUGAGAGCUUACUGAUGAUCAAGACAAAAACAAUCCCAACAAGGAUCAAGACCAUCGGUUUUAUGGAACCUACCUCUGGUGCCUGGUUCACUACCCAAUUACAAAAGGCAAUGGAACAACUUCGAGAAGACAAGGAUCGUCAAUGAUUGUCCCUAAUAAAUUAGAUGUAUAUCCUCCUCCCUCCUUAUUUAUUGUUUUUUAGAUGGAGAAUAAAAUAUGUAUCUUUUUAUAUCAUUA